AUGAAAAUACUUAUUUUAAUUCUUAUAUGGAUGAUUGAUUGUUAAGGAUCUGAUUAUUCAUUUAUAUAGAUUAUGGAUUACAAUCAAGAAUUUGAUCCAAUUAGAAUAAAGGUCUAUACAAAAAAAUUGGAUAAAGAUAAUCCAAAUCACAAAUUGUUUAAGAAAUUAAUAAAAUCAGCUAGUCACUUCACUGAAGAUACAUAUAAAGUGAAACGUUCUAAAAAUAAUAUAGUUUUAAAUGUCAAAUAAUGUCAUCAUAUUAAAGUACCAAAAUAACAUAGAAAAAAAGGAAUAAAAAAUGCUGAUUUUAUAUUAUAUGUUACAGAAACAGACAUUGCAGAAUCUUGGAUUGCAAAAUCAUCUCCAUGUUUAUAUGAUCAAAACUAUAGACCUGUAGCAGGAUAAAUAAUAUUAAAUAAUUAUCAUUUUCAAAAAAAUCUAAAUGAAUUAGAUAAAUAUGAAAGAUUGGGAACAAUAGUUCAUGAAUUUACUCAUACUCUUGGAUUUCAUAGAAGAAUAAUUGAUCAUUUCAAUAUGACAGAGAUGAUCUAAGAUAAAUUAUAUUUGAAAAGUCCAGGUAUUAUAGAAUAUGCAAAAUAAUAUUUCAAUUGUUCAUCUCUUCAAUAUUUGCCUUUAGAAGAUGAUGGAGGACCAACAGCACAAUUUUCCCAUUUUGAAAAAAUGACAUUUAAUUAAGAAAUAAUGACAGGAACUGCAAGUAGAGAUACUGUUUAUAGCAAAUUUACAAUGUUAGUUUUAUAAGAUACAGGAAUAUAUUAAGCAAAUUUGAAUAAAGCAGGUAGAUAUGAAUGGGGAAUGAAUUAAGGUUGUUUGGCAGCUUAAGGAGGUUGUGAUUCUCCUACUAUUUGUAAAUUGGCUAAAAAUGAAAGAUUUUGUUCUUACAAUUAUUAACAUAUACAAUUUUGCAAACCUUCAUAAAAAUUAGCUGAAUGUGGAUUGGUUACUGCUUUAAAAGAUUGUAAUAAGAAAAGAUGUUUUAAUUAUUAAGACUCUUCUACUUUGUUACAUAAAGCUAAAUGUUUUAAGAGUAAAUGUACAAGUUUGGGUAUUAGAGUAAAAUACAAGGGAUAAGUUUAAUAUUGUCAAUCAGAUUUUGCUACAAUUUCAUUUAAUGAUUAAAUAAUUUAAUGUCCUGUGUUUAAAGAUUUCUGUAAUGAUUAUUCUUUAUGUAAUAACAGAGGAAAAUUGAUUGAUGGUAAAUGCAAAUGUGAUUUAGGAUUUAAAGGGAAGAAAUGUAAAAAACUAUUGUGA